UUUUUCUGUUUUAUAUUUUUAGAAUUUGUAUUUAAGUUGGAUUAUUUUAAAUUUUUGUCUUGUAUUGAUUUAUGUAAUCGCAAAGAUUACUAUCCUUUCUAAUUGUUUUUCAAUUAGUCACCAUUCUCAAGGAAAAUUGUUAUGUUGGUAAAUAAAGUAAUAAGGAACCAUGACCUUAUUUAUUUAGCUGUUGCUUUUUUAAAAAUGAAUUUCUGUGUUAGUAUCUUUGUUUCUUCUCCUUUCUGUAUCUUAAUAUUAUUUGUGGAAAAAUUCUACAUUUUAGGAUAUGUUGCCAAGUAGGGCUCUUUAUUCCUCUGGGAAACGAGACUUGUUCUUUAGGCUAGCUUCUUACUAGUGGUCUAGUCACGGUCUGUAUCUUGGGGGUUUCAUAUUUGAACUAGUAACAUUAAUUGGGAAGAAAUGGAAAUCUGAUUCAUAUAUGGUUAAUAAUGCUUAUUUCAAAAUAUCCUUUUAGAAAUCCCACGUUCUCAGUGUGUGCCUAUGAUUAAACAAAACAGAAACAACAAUUUAAGAAGCUAGGUAUAAGCAUCUUAAUGUCAGGAUUUUAUCUUUAUAACCUGUGGGCUCUCAUUAUGUCUGGGUUGUACUUAAACUCUCACAAAAUCUCUGUGAGGUGUGGAUUGAAAUUACAUUGAAUAUGAAUCACACUAUUGCCACUUUCAGUUCAGGAAAAUGGUGUGUUUGUUUCCAUUUAAAUCAUUGUUUAGUUCUUCAGUAGAGUUUUAUAAUUUUUUUCUAUUAUGGGUUUUGUAACUUUCUUAAAUGUUUUUACCUUUUUCUCCUUUUUCUGCUACGUUUACUGUGCUCUUUCCCCAUUGUGUUUCCUAAGUGGCAGUGCAGGCAUUGUAGGAGCGCUCUUGGUUUUUCUUUACUGGCCGGAUUUUUUUAAUUUAGUUCCAAAAGUUUGUUACUCUUUUACUUAAUGGAUUGCAGAUAUCUUUGUAGAACUGGUGAAUUGGCCUCUAAUUUUACCUUUAUUUAAAAAUAAAUUUUUUUGCUUAUUUUUUUAAGCUCUUUUCACUUAUGGAUAUGAAACCUCCCAUCUCUCGAGCCAAAAUGAUUCUCAUCACAAAAGCUGCUAUUAAAGCCAUUAAGCUUUAUAAGCAUGUAGUUCAAAUAGUAGAAAAGUUCAUCAAAAAGUGUAAACCAGAAUACAAGGUUCCAGGGUUAUAUGUAAUCGACUCAAUUGUACGACAGUCUCGUCAUCAGUUUGGAACUGAUAAAGAUGUUUUUGGGCCAAGAUUCUCUAAAAACAUAACCGCCACAUUCCAAUAUUUAUAUCUUUGUCCAUCUGAAGAUAAGAGUAAAAUAGUUCGUGUGCUGAACCUUUGGCAAAAAAAUGGAGUGUUCAAAAUUGAAAUUAUCCAGCCUCUUUUGGACAUGGCAGCAGGAAGCAGUAAUGCUGUCCCUGGAGCAGAAAGUGUCACUAAUAAUGAAGGUUCACCUCCACCUCCGGUUAAAGUUUCUUCUGAACCCCCACUGGCCACUACAAACUCUGUCCCAACUGUACCACAGCUGCCCAGCUCUGACGCUUUUGCUGCUGUGGCCCAGCUGUUUCAGACAACGCAAGGUCAACAGCUUCAGCAGAUCCUUCAGACUUUUCAGCAGCCUCCAAAACCACAGUCUCCUGCCAUUGACAAUGCUGUGAUGGCGCAGGUUCAGGCCAUCACUGCUCAGUUAAAGACGACGCCCACGCCACCCCCUGAGCAGAAAACCACUGCGUUCGACAAGAAGCUACUUGAUCGAUUUGAUUAUGAUGAUGAGCCAGAAGCUAUGGAAGAAUCAAAGAAAGAAGAUGCUGCUGCUGCCGCUGCUGCCAGCAUGGCCUCUGCUGCCCCACCUGCCGCACCUGCCGCUGCUGCCCCACCCGCUGCUGCUGUGCCUGCUGCGUCUCCUCCACAGGCACCCUUCGGAUUUCCUGGAGACAGCAUGCAGCAGCCAGCAUACCCCCCACAUCCAAAUAUGGAUCCGUUUCAACCUCCGAUGAUGGCGAUACAGCAGGAUCCAGUGCACCACCAGGUUCCACUUCCCCCUAAUGGACAAAUGACGGGAUUUGGCCUUCUCCCCACACCUGCGUUUCCACCCCUGGCGCAGCCAGUGCUUCCUCCGGCUGCCCCUGUGCCGCAGCCAUUUCCGACCCCGUUCCCGGCCCCCAGCGAACCACUUGCGCAGAAGGCACAUCAGGAAAUGAAAGUAGAGCAGCCUUGUAUUCAAGAGGUUAAGCGGCAUAUGUCUGAUAGCAGAAAGUCAAGAUCUAGGUCAGCAUCCAGGUCACCAAAAAGGAGGCGCUCUCGAUCUGGUUCUAGAUCUCGAAGGUCUCGUCAUCGACGUUCUAGAUCUCGGUCCAGAGACAGGCGCCGACAUUCUCCUCGAUCUCGAUCCCAAGAAAGACGGGAUCGAGAAAAAGAAAGAGAGCGCCGGCAAAAAGGCCUUCCUCCAGUCAAGUCAGAAACUGCAAGUGUUUGUAGCACCACACUCUGGGUGGGACAGCUGGACAAAAGGACUACUCAGCAGGAUGUUGCCAGUCUCUUAGAAGAGUUUGGUCCAAUUGAAUCCAUUAAUAUGAUUCCUCCCAGAGGUUGUGCCUAUAUUGUCAUGGUUCAUAGGCAAGACGCUUACCGUGCCCUUCAGAAGCUGAGCCGAGGAAACUAUAAAGUGAACCAGAAAUCCAUAAAGAUUGCCUGGGCCUUGAACAAAGGGAUAAAGGCAGAUUAUAAGCAGUAUUGGGACGUGGAGCUUGGUGUUACUUACAUUCCUUGGGACAAAGUCAAGCCUGAAGAGCUGGAGAGUUUCUGUGAGGGAGGCAUGUUGGACAGUGACACACUGAAUCCAGAUUGGAAAGGAAUUCCCAAGAAGCAUGAAAAUGAAGUUGCUCAGAAUGGAGGGGCAGAAAGCUCACACACAGAACCAGUGUCACCCAUACCGAAGCCUCUGCCCGUGCCUGUGCCUCCUAUUCCUGUUCCCGCACCUAUAACAGUGCCUCCUCCACAGGUCCCACCACAUCAGCCAGGCCCUCCUGUGGUCGGUGCUCUCCAGCCACCCACCUUCACGCCUCCCAUGGGAAUUCCUCCUCCGGGCUUUGGUCCCGGUGUUCCUCCGCCGCCACCGCCACCGCCAUUUUUACGCCCAGGAUUCAACCCAAUGCAUUUACCACCAGGUUUUCUUCCUCCUGGACCCCCACCUCCUAUAACUCCACCAGUGUCCAUUCCUCCUCCUCACACUCCACCAAUAAGCAUCUCAAACUCUACUAUCGCUGGUAUAAAUGAAGACACUACAAAAGACUUAUCUAUUGGAAAUCCCAUUCCAACAGUGGUGUCUGGGGCUAGAGGAAACGCCGAGUCUGGUGACAGUGUGAAAAUGUAUGGCUCUGCCGUGCCACCCGCCGCACCCACGAGUCUGCCCACCCCUCCUGUAACCCAGCCUGUGUCACUUCUGGGUACUCAAGGAGUUGCGCCCGGUCCUGUCAUCGGGCUUCAGGCACCAUCUACCGGUCUUCUUGGUGCCCGCCCUGGCCUGAUCCCACUGCAGCGCCCUCCGGGGAUGCCCCCCCCACACUUACAGCGGUUCCCGCUGAUGCCGCCACGGCCCAUGCCACCACACAUGAUGCACAGAGGCCCCCCACCUGGACCAGGGGGCUUUGGGAUGCCCCCGCCUCACGGGAUGAAAGGCCCCUUCCCACCACACGGCCCCUUUGUGCGGCCUGGUGGCAUGCCAGGGCUCGGGGGCCCGGGGCCAGGCCCAGGGGGCCCUGAAGACAGAGACGGGAGGCAGCAGCCACAGCAGCAGCCACCACCAACACAGCAGCCGCCACCAACACAGCAGCCACCACCAACACAGCCACCACAGCCGUUCAGAAAUGACAACAGGCAGCAGUUCAAUUCAGGUAGAGACCAAGAGAGGUUUGGAAGAAGAUCUUUUGGAAAUAGGGUGGAAAAUGACCGGGACCGGUACCGAAACGACGAGAGGGAGAGUGGUGGCCGGGAGAGGAGAGAGUGGGGAAGGAGGAGCCCUGACCGGGACAGGCACAGAGACUUGGAGGACAGAAGCAGACGGUCCGGCGGACACCGCGACAGGGAGAGAGAUUCCCGGGAUAGAGAGUCUCGCAGAGAGAAGGAGGAGAGCCGAGCCAAGGAGAGGCCCGAGGUGGCAGACAGGGCCGCCGAGCCUCCUAGCCAAGCGGGAAACCCAGACACGGGCUCAGAACUUGCCAAGGGGGCGCCUGAGCCUGUGCCCGCGAAGCCUGCUGAAGAGCCGCCUGCUGAGGCUACCUCAUCCGCCGAGCCCGAGAAGGACGCCGGCCCCGCAGCAGAGGCUCGCUAGAGACGCGGUCAGGUGGCUCCGCUGCACGCAGAGCCGAGUGUACAGAUGCUGUAUUAUAUUUGCUCCGCCGGCACCCACGGUAGUUGUGGGGCUUUGUAAGCAAUUUGAUUGCUUCCCUCUAUUUAAAAAUAGCCACAAAAUAACAAAAAAUGCUGAAAAUAUGAAUAAAUAUUACCCUUUUUGCUGUAACUUUUUAAAAGUUUUGACUUUAAAAAGUUUACAAAUCGUAAUUAGAAGUGCUCUCUAUUUUUUUUUUUUUAAUUUAAGACAAGGUUAACAGUGAAAGCUCCUCAGACAAUAGGAUGUUUUUAAUAAACUCUAUUUUCGUAACAAA